UCCGCCUGACCGCCGUGAACCCCAGCGCCCGCGGCCCCUUUAAGGCGGGCCCCGCCCCCGCCCCGCCCCGCCCCUCCCAGGUCAGCCAGGGGCCACCCGGCUUCCGCCGGGGCUUGGCGUCGGCUCAGUCUCCACCCGGCCGCGGGCGCGAUGGCGGGUUCCGUACUGAGGGUCGCCGGGAGGCAACUCAGCCAGCGCAGCGGCUCUGAAGUCCCCAUCCUCCUACGGCAGAUGUUUGAGCCCAAGAGCUGCACCUACUCGUACCUCCUGGGUGACAGAGAGUCCCGUGAGGCCAUUCUGAUCGACCCGGUUCUGGAGACAGCGCCUCGGGAUGCCCAGCUGGUCAAGGAACUGGGGCUGCGACUGCUGUAUGCUGUGAAUACCCACUGCCACGCGGACCACAUUACGGGCUCAGGGCUGCUCCGGUCCCUACUCCCCGGCUGCCAGUCUGUCAUCUCCCGCCUUAGUGGAGCCCAGGCUGACUUGCACAUUGAGGAUGGAGACUCCAUCCACUUCGGGCGCUUCGCCUUGGAGACCCGGGCGAGCCCCGGCCACACCCCGGGCUGUGUCACCUUUGUUCUGAAUGACCACAGCAUGGCCUUCACUGGAGAUGCCCUGCUCAUCCGAGGGUGUGGGCGGACGGACUUCCAGCAAGGCUGUGCUAAGACCUUGUACCACUCAGUCCACGAAAAGAUCUUCACGCUUCCAGGAGACUGUCUGAUCUAUCCUGCUCAUGAUUACCACGGGCUCACAGUGUCCACCGUGGAGGAGGAGCGGACUUUGAACCCGCGGCUCACCCUCAGCUGUGAGGAGUUUGUCAAAGUCAUGGACAACCUGAACUUGCCCAAGCCUCAGCAGAUAGACUUUGCUGUUCCAGCUAAUAUGCGCUGUGGGAUCCAGACUCCCCUUUCCUGACCCGGCUUUGUCAGGUGCUCAUUUCUGUUAAGAAUGCACUAGGUGGGGUACAUUGAGAGGUGCCAUUGCCAGGCCUCUCUUCUUCCCCUCCCUCACCAGCCCCUGAGCUUCUUAAAUAAAAAAAUAUAUAUAUUUUUU